CCGUUGAAGUAGUAGAAAUUUCAAAAAUAGUAUGUUCGUACCGUAACGAUCUAGCCGGGGAGUUUUCUUAUACACAGUUACGCGCUGACUUCGGACCGGCAGAAUUUAUGCCGUGCAGAGGCUUUUGCCAGAUUAAAGGGAGGCAACGCGGCCAUCGCUAGCCGCUUGACCAAUUGGCGUAGGCAUACCAACAAAAGUGGCACGCUUCGGAGGCGCUUAGCACUUCCACGUCUGGCCAUAUGGCGGGGCGUCCAAAUGCGCACUCAAAGAAAAACGCCGCGAAUCCGCAUGCUGCGGCUCCGGCUUUUGCGCACGUUGGGCGGUCGCGUUUACGGCCGCCUUUGCAGCAGCUGCGAGGCCUGGGCAACUCCCGAAGAGGCACGUCGCUGCAAAAGUAAGACGCAAAGCGCGCCAAAUGCCUGACGCUAUUCCGUGGGGCAUUGGGCAUAUUCACCGGCCCCUUCACGAAGCCCAUGAAGGCGCCAAAAACAAAUGCCACUGGGGGUCGGAUUCGCAAGCGAGCCGGCAAGGACCGCAACAGGUUUUGGUUUGGCUUAUUUUCCAACGGCCGCUGCGGCAUCAGGAGGAGCUAGAGCCUUAUGCCCAAAGGCGCGCCGUGAAACGCAAAAGAUAGCGGAAAACGUCGAACGGCUUCACUUCUCAGAGCCGUCGCCGCGUGGGACCACUGCAGGCCUCCCGUUGGGGCGCUUACUCGAAGGCCCAGCAAGGGGCCACGUACCGGCAGUUGACCUCCCGCCGCGCGCUAUACUGCCGCGCUUUGUUUCAUUCUUGGCUGAUAGUUUGGUCGCUUGCUCGUCCCGCCGAUUGGCGAGGACAAGAAAAAAACGCCGCCGAACUUCCUACCUCUGCUUCGCCGGCUAUCGUUGGCGCUAGUGCUUCCUUCGGCAUCGCAAAAGCGCCGAAGCAGAUUCAUACACUUCCUUAGAUGGGUCACUCCUUUUUUCACACUUUUUUUUUGCGCAUUCGAUUUUGCUAUACUAUGCCGCUCAAGCGGUUGAAUCGAUCGACCAAGCUUUUAUACAAGAAAAGUAAAUGCUGUGAGGAGAGUACGCAGACAGUCAAGGUUCAGACGGUUGCUGUUUGAAUAUUGACGACCGCGAAAGGCUAAGUAAGUAUUCUUCACACACGGUAGUUUAGGAUGGAAAAGGAAAGCAGUCUCAUGACAUAUUAACCAAAAUGAGUGCUCGUUUUCUUUAGGCUGAAAAUGAGUAAAGUAGACAGGCAUCAUGACGAGUUUUCUUUGUGAAUUAUUGUACCAUGUUCCGCUACUUUAUGUUUAUACAUCAAUCGUAGGAGCGAAGAAGAGAACCUGCUACAACUCCCAUGCAGUCACUAUACGGAAAAGGAAAAAGCGGCACGGACGAGUUCGCAUCACUGAGACAGGUUCAAAAAGAUGAGAAUUUCCUUCGGUAAUGAGGGAGGUUAACGUUUUCUAGAAGAAAACUGAGCUGGCGUCAGACCAGGUCGACGAU